AUGAGACAGUGGAACUCAAAGAUGUCCUCUCCUGCUCUUCGAUCUAACUAUGAAGGAGCAUGCAUCGAUGAUGAAGGAGAUUUUCUCUGCAAGUGCGGGUUCAGCAUGCGCAUAUCCACAGUGAGUGACAGGAAAAGCCCAAAUUUUGGGAAGAAGUAUAUGGCAUGCAGACGAGGAAGAGAAAGCGCAAAUCGGUGCCGGAUUUUCAUUUGGUACGAGGAGCUUCCUCGGAUAAAGCUUCUUCUCUCUACGUUUUCAGAACCUGCGACACCAAGAAGAACGUUAGAUAUCCGACAAUUUGGGGUUCUCACACCAGUUACCAGUUCAAGGAAAGGGCAUCCACCCAUAGACAGGACAACUAGCCGAAACCAAUCAAGCCAAGUUACAACCCCAAAACGCCCACUGUUUUCUACAUCCGGGCAAGUCAACAAGAAGCCAAGAAUAUUGGGUACUCCAUCACGGUCCCCUAGCCCCGCACAGUCCAAAACUCUCGAUGUUGGCAGCCCUACAUGGGGUCCUGACACUGAAACUUCCCCAUCAUUAAGAUCAGAAACCAUGCAUUCUAUGAGGGGAAGAUCGCGCCGAUGGGAAGAAUACGAGACGGAUUUACUAAACACACCUACCAAGCACAGAACCCAUAUGGAGAAUUUCAAGCCAAAUGAUGGGAAAACAGAGGUGGCGAAAGGAGAAGACGAAGAAGAUCUUCUUUCUGACUGGGAUGACACUAUCGUCUCAGAAGUGAUUCAGAUCGCCGAUGAAUCUACAUGA